GGUCAGCUGACUAUAUCACAAGAUCUCGGCUAGUGGUGCGGACCGCCGAGUGAAAUUCAGUUGUUGGGUGAUCAGUUCGGGCGAUCGUUUGUGUUUUCGGCAAGUAAGUGUUAGAGAUCAUCACAAACAAUCAGAAAUUCAUAAGCUAACUUUUAGCGAAGCGUGAAGAUGUCCUUACCCAAAAUUCGCGAUGAGGACAAGGAGGCCAGCUAUGGAUACGUCCAUGCUGUGUCUGGUCCUGUUGUUACCGCCGAAAAGAUGAGUGGAUCGGCUAUGUACGAGUUGGUACGCGUUGGUUACUAUGAAUUGGUAGGCGAAAUUAUUCGUCUGGAGGGCGACAUGGCCACCAUUCAGGUAUAUGAAGAAACUUCUGGUGUCACUGUGGGUGAUCCCGUGCUUCGUACUGGCAAGCCGUUGUCGGUUGAGUUGGGCCCUGGUAUCAUGGGUUCCAUUUUUGAUGGUAUCCAGCGUCCGCUGAAGGACAUCAACGAUUUAACCCAGAGUAUCUACAUUCCGAAGGGUGUUAACGUACCGGCAUUGUCUAGGACUGCCAAGUGGGAAUUUAACCCAUUGAACAUCAAGAUGGGUGCGCAUCUUACCGGAGGUGACAUUUAUGGUAUUGUGCAUGAGAACACACUCGUAAAACAGAAGAUGAUUUUGCCACCCAGGGCCAAGGGUACAGUUACAUACGUUGCUCCAUCUGGUAACUAUACCGUCGAUGAAGUGGUGCUUGAGACGGAGUUUGAUGGUGAGCGCACCAAGUAUACGAUGUUGCAAGUGUGGCCUGUGCGUCAGCCACGUCCGGUCAGCGAAAAGCUGCCAGCUAACCAUCCGCUGUUGACUGGACAACGUGUAUUGGACUCUUUGUUCCCAUGUGUCCAAGGUGGUACCACUGCCAUUCCUGGUGCUUUCGGUUGCGGCAAGACUGUCAUCUCUCAGUCUUUGUCCAAAUACUCCAACUCCGAUGUUAUUGUAUACGUCGGUUGCGGUGAGAGAGGUAACGAGAUGUCUGAAGUACUUCGUGACUUCCCUGAGCUAUCCGUUGAAAUCGACGGAGUUACCGAGUCUAUCAUGAAGCGUACCGCUCUGGUUGCUAAUACCUCUAACAUGCCUGUCGCUGCUCGUGAGGCAUCCAUCUACACUGGCAUCACUCUCUCCGAGUACUUCCGUGACAUGGGUUACAACGUGUCUAUGAUGGCCGAUUCCACUUCUCGAUGGGCCGAAGCCUUGAGAGAAAUUUCUGGUCGUCUCGCUGAGAUGCCUGCCGAUUCUGGCUACCCAGCCUACUUGGGAGCACGUCUCGCCUCCUUCUACGAGCGUGCUGGUCGCGUCAAGUGCCUCGGCAAUCCAGAUCGUGAGGGCUCCGUAUCUAUCGUCGGUGCUGUCUCGCCACCCGGUGGUGACUUCUCCGAUCCCGUCACUUCCGCCACUUUGGGUAUUGUCCAAGUGUUCUGGGGUUUGGAUAAGAAACUCGCCCAGCGUAAGCAUUUCCCAUCUAUUAACUGGCUCAUCUCGUACUCCAAAUAUACUCGCGCUCUGGAUGACUUCUACGACAAGAACUUCGCCGAAUUCGUGCCGCUCCGUACCAAGGUCAAGGAAAUCCUUCAGGAAGAGGAAGAUCUUUCCGAAAUCGUGCAAUUGGUCGGUAAGGCUUCCCUCGCCGAAACAGAUAAGAUCACCCUUGAGGUUGCCAAGCUGUUGAAGGAAGAUUUCCUCCAGCAGAACUCUUAUUCGUCAUACGACAGAUUUUGCCCGUUCUACAAGACCGUCGGUAUGCUCAAGAACAUGAUUGGCCUAUACGAUAUGUCCAGGCACGCGGUUGAGAGCACGGCGCAGUCUGAGAACAAGAUCACGUGGAACGUGAUCAGGGACUCCAUGGGCAACAUCCUCUACCAGCUCAGCAGUAUGAAGUUCAAAGACCCCGUGAAGGACGGCGAAGCCAAGAUUAAGGCAGACUUCGACCAGCUGUAUGAAGAUAUCCAGCAGGCCUUCAGGAACUUGGAAGAUUAAACGCACUUCGCGCAUAACUAAUAUCUAACGGCGUGUAGGAAGUUUUGCUUCCUCGCGAACGGAUCAUUACUAUUUAAAUGUACAAUAAUGCGAACGAUUGUUUAUAUUAGAUUUUUAAGGAUCAUCUAAUGUUUUAAACUCAAAGAGAACGCAAACGGUGAGGGCUACUAUUUCUAAACCGAUUCAUUCCAGAAAUUUGUUAAGUUUUGUUUUUAUGAUUAUCAACGCAGAACAAGCGGGUGCUUUGUUAAAUCCAGUAUUAGUCUGCAGGCGCCGCGCAAAAUUACCGCACUAAGUUGCAUCCACUCCCCCGCCAUUUGACUCGUAUCCGUUGUUUUUAAGUCGCGUCCAAUGUACAGUUUUUUGAAUGUUGUUACACCCCCAAAUAUUUACUCCGAUAAUAAUUAUAGCGUCGUAGAAAAUGUUAUAGAUGUCGAUUGAGGAACUUAAUUAAGCGUAGUGCAAUUGUUGUUGCAAUGUAAAGUUUAAAAACAUGAAAACAAAUAAUACAUUUAGAAAAUAUAUGAGAAACAAUGAGCACAAUAA